UUGCCAUAAAUAGACUCCUUUUCUUCCCAGAGUGUUGGGAGCCAGAAGGAUUGGGAACCUCAGGUAUACUGAGCUGGUUCAUCUGUUUGCAUUUUCCAUUGGUAACUUCCUGGGAAGAGUCUGGCCGGAUUUUAGAUUGAUUUUGCCAGUCUCUGUCAGGGGUGCUGAGGUUGAUGUCUGGUUUCAACAUUCUUUUGUGGGAUCAGCAGGGGUCUCAUUCCUGGGCUCCUGUGCUGGGAGACUUUACCCACCCUCUCCUUUUAAAAUGAUGCUUUUAGAGGUCAAGGUAGUGAGGGGUGGUGCAACUAAUCUCAAAUUCUCAUUAAAACAAAAUUAGUCAAAAGUAGUACAAAGUAUGAAUUUGACAUAAAUGGGAAGUUCUGUCUUAAACAGAACUAUUGUUCACGUCUAGGGUACAAUAGUUUAGGAGCCUAGAACAUUUGGUAACUGCAAUUUAAAGUGGGCAAAAAGUUACUGUUUAAGUAUCUUUCAGUAUGAGAACCAAAGCUUGAGUAGCAUCAUUUGACAGAGAAGUUUUUAAAGAGCCCAGCAGGCAGUUGGAGUCAGACUAGGUGAAUGAGCGGCCCAGAAAAGAAACUGCAGGCUCAUGUCCUUCCUCAGCUUGCCAUGAGCAGCCAUGAUCAGUGCUUUGAGAGAAGAGAUGAAACCUCUCUUCUGGGGAGGAAGCCCAGCCCUACCCUCCUGAUCUUGUUUCUGCAUGUCAGGCUCAUCACCGCGAACCCUGAGAUUCUCUCAGGAUCAGAAUGUGCCUUGGAACCCAGGCCUGUACAUUGCCUUCAGUCAGCAGCUUCACGAAGUUCCUCCCCUUUCAUCUCUGCUGGGAGCCCCUGGAUUAGUCUGGCCUGUCCACCCCAGCAGUACCCUGCACUGGAUUCCUCAGGCCCUUCAUGCCUGCAGCUCCAGCAUGUCCAUCACGACAGUGUUGGGGUAACAAUACUGUAUUUUUAGAGCACCUGACAUAGGAUUGAAAACACCCUUGGUCCACUUCAGAGAAUUGGAAGAGUUUCACUUGGCAUGAAGCUCUCCCUGCCACUGUUACUUGCUUUCCUAAACAAAAAACCUUACAAGAGUGAGGAGCCCCAGGAAGCAGGGGCAGGAUCAGGCAGCUCAGCUCUGACUGUCUCACUGAGCCACCUGCAGGAGAUCAAGCAGCCUGCCAAGGGAUGGCCUUCCAUGUGCCUGCAGUCUUCUGCUGUUGGGAUCUCCACACAGCCAACGGGGGUGUUUUAACCUGAUGCGUGUUGUUCCUCCUGACUCCUUCCAGAUUGUUUGAAACAUGUGUUUGGAGCAGGCUGGACUGGGUUCUUAGUCUUACCUCAUUUCAACUCACUGUCAGUGCUGUGGCUGGUCAGGGGCCAGGUGAUUAGCCUGCACACUCUGGGCUCCCUCAUCCACCCCUGGACUGAGGACUGAAUAAUCCUGUGAGGAGUUCAGCAUGGUCCCUGUUAUGAACAUCAUCAUUCUCACCAGGGCGGUGAAGCCUGACUCAACAAGAACCUCACCUCGGCCUCUGGGGACAGCAGCCACAACCAGGCCUGCCAGGAAUCCCUGGCACUGGGAGGGCCUAUUGAGGUCAUUUCCAGUGCUUUUAGAAGCAUCCUACUAUGGCUCUUCCAGCAGUGAGGAAUUCUCUAAGAAAACCCUGACUGAAGGAAGAGUAGCACUAAAGUGCUACAACGAGGAGCCUCAAGCACUGACUGGCUGCCCCUUGGAGAUGACAGGCAUAUAGGUCUGACACUAAGAGCUUGUUUAGCAGAGCCCAACUCUGAAGAAACCUAAACUCCAAGGCUGGGAGGCAGUGGGUAGUGGGAACAGGUCUAGAGGACCCAAUGCAGACCGCAUUAACACCAUCCUGCAUGCACUGCAGGGAGACUGUUGCAGAGGGGCUCUGUGCUUCCAGGUCUGCAAGGGCAGGACCAGACGCAGACUUCAGGGCCUGACUUGUUUCCUCCUAGAUCUCUUCUGCUCCUGCUUGUCCUCACAGUCCCUUCAACCCACAUUCUCUGGCUUCUGCAGCUUCCAUUUCUGAGCUUCCUUAGGUUGCUUCUGGGCAUCUAGGCUUCUUCUCUUCCUCUUGUUCUAAUUCUACCUGCCACUGCCUGUCACUCUGACCUUCGUGUAUGGUAACAUCUUGUUCACAUGUUGCUUCUCAGCUAACAUCUUGUUCACUCUGCUUCUCGGCUAAGCAACCACUCACCACUAUGGCUAGAACAGAGGUUAUUGCUUAGGUCCAUUCAGCUGGUAUCACCAUGACCAUAAGCGACAAGUUGGUCAGCAAACACUAGGCCUGAGCCUCAGCAACCUGAACAAGGUCCAUGUCAUGGAUCUGCCAGCCCUUUUUGGGACCACAUGCUGGAUCUGUCCUGCAAUGACCAGUCAACUGGAUUCUGUGGCCUCACACACUUGGUGCAGCUAAACCUGAAUAAAACCAUCUGCAACAGCUGCUGGCAGACAAUGGCCAUCUGGUCGACCUCCAGCACCUGGGUCCUUAACAGGCCAGUCCAUCCGGCCUGCCACUUUGCUCAGCCUAAGAAAAUCCUGGCUCUGGGCCUCUGACAGGCCAGGAAGAACAGCUGAGGGAUCACACAUUUGUCUAAGUGUUCACAUACCUAACAGACACACCUGCACCCCCCAGUGUUGCUACUCCACUCACCACAGUUGUAGUAACUCUGCUCAAAUAAAUACAGCCUGUCAAAGUUUUAAUUACUACUAGAUUCAAUGUGCUAACAUUGUGCUGAGAAUCUCUACUUCUGUAUUAUGAAAGUUACAUCAAUGUCACGUUUUGCUAUCAGGGUUAUGCUGAUGAUAAAAGUUUCGUUUUCUGCCAUUUUUGGUGUGGCCACACUGUGCAGCUAGAGAGAAAGUGUCAAGUCCUAACCACUGGACAGCCAGGGAACUCCUGAAAACUUGUUAUUUCUUCAGUAUUGGCACAACUGGGCCUGAAUAAUUUGAAGGGAAGCGUAGAUUUUGAAAUAUAGAUCCAGUUAAUUUAUCAGGCAUAGGAUUAUUCCAUUUUUCUUAGGAAACUGUCAGCUUAGAAAGCUGUGCUACUGAGAGGAUUUGUUCAUUUCUUCUAUGCUGUCAAAUUUAUUGAUAUAAAAAUUUUCAGAACAGCUUUUUGAUCUUGUCUUUAUCAUUUCCUACUUUCUUCUACUUGUAUUUGCUUUUCCGUUUUCUUCAGAUGGAAACUUACGUAUCUUUUUAAUUGAUUUCUAGUUUAAUUCUAUUGUGGUCAGCCUGUACAAUCCUUUGUAAUUUGUAGAGUCUUGCUUCAUGGACCAGCAAUAUGGUGUAUUCUGGUAAAUUGUUCCUUAUGGGUCUGAAAAGCAUAUUAGGAACAGCACAACAGAAAUAAGGAUUAAGUAUAUUUACAUGUAUUGCUCCAUAUCCUGAUUUUUUUCAUUUGCUUGUUCUAUCAAUUUUUGAGAUAGGUGUACCUCCAACUCUAAUUGUAAAUUUGUCUAGUUUACCUUUUAUUUCUGUCAACUUUUGCUCUGUGAACUUUAAAAUGUGUUAGUAAUACACUUGAUUAAACAAUUAGACCAUUUAACACAAGGUCAUGGGCAACUCUGAUAAGUUUUGAUAGACUGGAAGGAGGCAAAAGCUUGACUGGAGUGGACUCAAGAAAACGGGAAAAGUGAAAUAAUACAUGAAAAUGGUUCUUUGAGACAUUUUACCAUAAAGGAAAAGAAGCAGGAUGCUUAAGUGAAAAAGUUUUAAGAUAAAAAACAACUAUUAUUUCUCUAAUGAAGAUCCAGUAGAGAUAGGAGGUUGAUAAUGCAGAGAAGAUGCUGGGACAAGGAGCAGCUGGGUUUUACUGGGAGCAGAAAGAGUACCUGUCACAGCACAGGUGGCUGCAUAUGGAAAUUGUCCAUUGGUAACUUUUAUUUUCUUGGUCAAAUGGCCAGAUCAAUUUAUCUUAUAGUGAAGACGGAGAAGGAGAUACUGAGAGAGAAUUUGAGGAAAUAAAGUAUAGAGUAAGUUGUCUAAGAGAGUGAGUGAGUAGACUGAUGGGCAGCAUGAACAACACCAAGUUCAAAU